GUCCCGCAGGCGGGGAGUCCGCGCCGCCGCGCCCGGGCCGCCGGCGAUGAUCACCUAGGAGGCUGGCGCGGGCGGGUGCGAGCGACGGAGCAGCCGGGCGCGGCGACACGCGGCCAUGGAGCGGGAGCCGGCGGCGGCGGCCGAGGAGCCCGGGCCCCCGGGACGGCGGCGGCGCCGGGAGGGCCGGAUGCGCACCGUGCGCUCCAACCUGCAGCCGCCGCCGGGCGCCGAGGAGCCGGCGGGCAAGGGGGCGCCGCGGCGCCGGCUGCGCGGGGGAACCCAGCACCUGGCGGACAACAGGCUCAAGACCACCAAGUACACUCUGCUGUCCUUCCUGCCCAAGAACCUGUUCGAGCAGUUCCACCGUCUGGCCAACGUGUACUUCGUGUUCAUCGCGCUGCUCAACUUCGUGCCCGCGGUGAACGCCUUCCAGCCCGGCCUGGCGCUGGCGCCUGUGCUCUUCAUCCUGGCGGUCACGGCCUUCAAGGACCUGUGGGAGGACUACAGCCGCCACCGCUCUGACCACGAGAUCAACCACCUGGGAUGCCUCGUCUUCAGCAGGGAGGAGGAGCAGUACGUGAACCGGUUCUGGAAGGAGAUCCGCGUGGGAGACUUCGUGCGCCUUCGCUGCAAUGAGACCAUCCCCGCGGACAUCCUGCUGCUGUCCUCCAGCGACCCUGAUGGGCUGUGCCACAUCGAGACAGCCAACCUGGAUGGGGAGACCAACCUGAAGCAGCGCCAGGUGGUCCGAGGCUUCUCUGAGCUCGUCUCCGAAUUCAAUCCUUUGACGUUCACCAGCAUAAUCGAGUGUGAGAAGCCCAACAACGACCUGACUAGGUUCCGUGGGUGCAUCAUACAUGACAAUGGCAAAAAGGCUGGACUCUACAAAGAAAAUCUGCUGCUUCGAGGCUGCACGCUCCGAAACACGGAAGCCGUCGUCGGUAUUGUCAUCUAUGCAGGACAUGAGACCAAGGCUCUGCUGAACAACAGCGGCCCCCGCUACAAGCGCAGCCGGCUGGAGAGGCAGAUGAACUGUGACGUGCUCUGGUGUGUCCUGCUCCUCAUCUGCAUGUCUCUGUUCUCAGCCAUCGGACAUGGACUGUGGGUGCAGCGCUAUCAAGAGAAGAAAUCAUUGUUUGAUGUCCCUGAGUCUGAUGGCACCUCUUUAUCCCCAGUCCCAGCAGCAGUUUACUCGUUUUUGACAAUGAUAAUAGUUUUGCAGGUUUUGAUUCCUAUUUCCUUGUACGUUUCUAUCGAAAUUGUUAAAGUAUGCCAAGUGUACUUCAUUAACCAGGAUAUAGAACUAUACGACGAGGAAACAGACUCGCAGCUGCAGUGCCGAGCUCUGAACAUCACGGAAGACCUAGGGCAGAUACAGUAUAUCUUCUCAGAUAAAACGGGCACUUUAACUGAGAAUAAGAUGGUUUUCCGAAGAUGCACUGUGUCUGGCAUAGAAUAUUCUCAUGAUGCAAAUGCCCAGCGUCUGGCCAGGUACCAGGAAGCAGACUCAGAGGAGGAGGAGGUGGUUCCCAGGGGGGGCUCGCUGCCCCUGCGAGGGGGCACCGGGGGCCACCCGAGCGCCCGAGCUGCCCACCAGAGCCAGAGCAGCAGGGCGCACCGGCGCACGGGCAGCCGCACGGAGGCCCGGCGCGUCAGCAUGCUGACCGAGCUCACGGCCUUCAGCAGCCCCAUGGAGAAGGACGUAACGCCUGACCCCAAGCUGCUGGAGAAGGUGCGCGAGUGUGGCAGGUGCCUGGCCUCCGCGAGGCAUCAGGAGCACCCGCUGGACCACCUCUCGCCCGAGCUGUCUGACAUUUUCGACUUCUUCAUUGCGCUCACCAUCUGCAACACAGUGGUGGUCACAUCCCCGGAUCAGCCACGACAAAAGGUGAGGGUGCGCUUCGAGCUCAAGUCCCCAGUGAAGACCAUCGAAGAUUUCCUCCGGAGGUUCACACCCAGUCGCCUGACUUUGGGCGGCAGCAGCGUCGGGAGCGCAAGCGUGGCCGCCAAGUCUGCGCCCAAGGCCAGCCUUCUGUCCACGCUGGCCAACGACGGCGCGCUGCUCAGGCUGGAGGAGAGGCUGGGCCCCGGGGCCCCGCACCUCGCCAGCAACGGCUACAGCAGCGCGGCAGACAGCUGGGCCGCAGAGCGAUCCGCAACGGGGCCGGAGCCCAGGCCGGAGCUGCGCUACGAGGCUGAGAGUCCCGACGAGGCGGCGCUCGUGCACGCCGCCCGCGCCUACAGCUGCGCCCUCGUGGGCCGGCUGCACGACCAGGUGUCAGUGGAGCUGCCCCACCUGGGCAGGCUCACCUUCGAGCUUCUGCACACGCUGGGCUUCGACUCCAUCCGCAAGAGGAUGUCGGUGGUGAUCAGGCACCCCCUCACGGAUGAGAUCAACGUGUACACCAAGGGCGCCGACUCGGUGGUCAUGGACCUCCUGCUGCCCUGCUCCACAGAUGACGCUAGAGGGAGGCAUCAAAUGAAGAUCCGCAGCAAGACCCAGGAUUACCUCAACUUGUAUGCGGUGGAGGGCCUGCGCACCUUGUGCAUUGCCAAGAGGGUUCUGAGUAAGGAAGAGUAUGCCUGUUGGCUGCAGAGCCACUUGGAAGCAGAAUCUGCCGUGGACAAUCGGGAGGAGCUCCUCUUUCAGUCCGCCAUUCGCCUGGAGACGAAUCUGCAUUUGUUGGGUGCCACCGGGAUUGAAGACCGCCUGCAGGAUGGAGUCCCCGAAACCAUUGCUAAACUGCGUCAAGCAGGUCUGCAGAUUUGGGUUCUCACCGGCGACAAACAGGAAACGGCCGUUAACAUCGCUCAUGCCUGCAAACUUCUGGACCAUGACCAGGAAGUCAUCACCCUGAAUGCUGAAUCCCAGGAGGCGUGCGAGGCCCUGCUGGACCAGUGCCUGCGCUAUGUGCAGUCCCGCAGCCCCCGGAGGACCGCUGGCAGCCUCAGCGUGGGCUUCGCCCCUCUCUGUCCACCCUCCGAAGCCACUGCCUCUGGCCCCAGCCUCGUGAUCGAUGGGAGAAGUCUGGCCUACGCCCUCCAGAAGAACCUGGAGGACAAAUUCCUCUUCCUUGCUAAGCAGUGCCGGUCUGUCCUUUGCUGUCGCUCAACCCCCCUGCAGAAGAGCAUGGUGGUGAAACUGGUCAGGAGCAAGCUCAAGGCCAUGACCCUGGCCAUAGGAGAUGGAGCCAAUGACGUCAGCAUGAUCCAGGUGGCAGACGUGGGCGUGGGAAUCUCAGGCCAGGAGGGCAUGCAGGCAGUGAUGGCCAGCGACUUCGCGGUGCCCAAGUUCCGAUACCUCGAGAGGCUCUUGAUCGUUCACGGACAUUGGUGCUAUUCCCGGCUUGCCAACAUGGUGCUGUACUUCUUCUACAAAAACACAAUGUUCGUCGGCCUCCUGUUCUGGUUCCAGUUCUACUGUGGCUUCUCCGCAUCUGCCAUGAUUGACCAGUGGUACCUGAUCUUCUUUAACCUGCUCUUCUCGUCGCUCCCCCAGCUCGUGACUGGGGUUCUGGACAAGGACGUGCCGGCCGAUGUGCUGCUCGCUGAGCCGCAGCUCUACCGGAGCGGCCAGAACAUGGAGGAAUAUCGGCCUCGCACGUUCUGGCUGAACAUGGCCGAUGCUGCCUUCCAGAGCCUCGUGUGCUUUUUCAUUCCCUACCUGGCCUACUACGACUCCGACACAGACAUCUUCACCUGGGGCACCCCCAUCACUGCCGUCGCCCUGUUCACGUUCCUCCUGCACCUGGGCAUCGAGACCAAGACCUGGACCUGGCUCAACUGGACGGCUUGUGGCUUCAGUGUCGUUUUAUUUUUCACCGUGGCUUUGAUUUACAACUCUUCCUGUGCGACGUGCUACCCUCCCUCCAACCCCUACUGGACCAUGCAGACGCUAAUGGGUGACCCCGUGUUUUACUCCAUUUGUCUGCUAGCGCCCGUGGCUGCUCUGCUGCCCAGGUUGUUUUUCAAAGCCCUGCAGGGGACCCUUUUCCCUACCCCACUGCAGCUGGGACGCCAGUUAGCCAAGCGGUCCCCUGGGAAAUUCAGGGCUCCCAGAGAGACCUCUGCUCAGGGGCACAUCCCGGGAGAAGCAAGGAGCAAGCCCCCGGGACAGAGGAGCGUCAGUGUGGCGCGGUCCGUCUCCCGGGACUGCAGCUCACGGGUGUCUCAGGGCAUGCGGCAGCCGGCCUGCUCCCCCGAGGCUGGUGGGGAGCCCAGCGUGGUGGACAUGGGCGUGCCACAGAGAGAGGGCACCCUGCCGGACAGGCUGGACAGCCAGCCCUCGCGGUCCUCCUCGCCAGGGCCGGUGGCCGUGGAGGGCUGUCCGGGGGGCUCCAGGAUGAAACCCAUGAGUGCCAGCCGGCCAGCCCCCCUGCCAUCCGUCUUCAGCGUGCCUGGCCUCAGCUCCCUCAACUGGAUGUCCUCGCUGUCUCUGGUCGGUGGGCUGGGCAGCGUCCUGCAGUUUUCCCGGAGCGGUCUGCCCAUGGACAAGCACGACAGUGACUUCCUGCCCGGCUCCGCGCCGCCUGACCGGGACCUGUGUGACUUAAGCGGGCAGACCACAGACUGCUUCUAGGAUCCCCUUCCAAGAAGCGCGGCUGGCAAUGUAGAGGGAAAACCUUGAAAUGCUCUUUUUUUUUUUUUUUUUUUUGGAAAGAUGUUAAUAUUAUUUAUGUUUAUUAUUUGCACAGAGUUCUAGUGAGGUAUAUUUUAUAUAUUUCCGAGGCUGACACAGGAAAUGAAAGGUACCGAAAAAAGAAAGUUUAUUUUUAAAAAAUUUUAAAUAGAGUAUACUGAAAAGAAAAAUAAGAGCUUUAUCUUAUAUAAAAGUUUAAAGAAGAGUGACACUUGAAAAGGUGUGUUUAUAUUUAUUUUUUCAUCUCAUUUUAUUAAAGAAAAUGUGGUCUGUUUGGUUUGCUUCA